GUUCACACACACGUUAUUUAUAACAUAACCUCAGACUUGUAACACAGACGAUUAGCAGUACAUCUAUCAAAAUGGCACAGAGUAGAUUGGAGAAAAUUGGAACAAUCUAUGAGAGGGUGACUUCACUUAUUAAAGCUGGUGCAAUGAAAGAGGAGACAAAACCCUUAUGGGUAGAUAUAUACAAAGCCUUCCCACCAAAGUAUGAACCACGAUAUGAUAGACCUUUUUCCAAAAUCCCAAUUAGAGAAAUAUUUUAUCCAGAAGAUAAUUUAAGAGCGAGGUUCCAUAAGGAAUACAAACACUUUUCUUUUGUGAAUUUGGCAGAUAACAAUGCAGUUUCAAAAACUGAACAAUUUCUCAUAAUUUGCAAAAAUCUACAAAAGAGUGGUAUUGAAACUGAAUUGUACGAGAGAGCAAUAGAAGAAUUUUUGUCCAAAUUCAAUGCAGAACAUUCUCAAAGAGAAACUAGAGCUGAUGAAGAUCGGUCUACUAAAAAACCAAGAAGUAAUAUAGAUACUGAUCGAUUGCUUCAACAGGUGAUGGAUCAGGGUGGUGAAAGUGGAGAAAAGAAAGCAAAGGAUAAUAUGCGCAACGAAAAUGAAUUGACUCCAAAAGAGAAGGAAAAAUAUAGACCAAUUAGAUUGAGUAUGGAAAAAAUCGUGGAAGUUAUGAAAACAGAAGAAAAAAAGUCUGAAUGAAUAUGUUCACAAAGUCACUUAUAAGUUAAAUUACGUUUCUAUAUAAUAAAUAGUUAUGAUUGUUGUUAUAAUUUCGAAUUUCUGCUUAUUUAUUUCAAAACUACGAGUUUUUGAAUAUCUAGACUACUAGUUUUUUAUUUUAUAAAUUUGAU